AUGGAUGCCUUAAGAGACGACAAUAUCAACUUGAUUGGAGUAUGGGGCAUGGCCGGUGUGGGCAAAACAACACUGCUGAAACAAGUGGCUCAACAAGCUAAGCAACAGCGGUUGUUCACCAAACAAGCCUAUAUGGAUGUAUCCUGGACUCGAGACUCGGAUAAACGUCAAGAAGGAAUUGCGGAACUUCAACAAGAAAUUGAGAACGCGUUGGACUUGUCACUUUGGAAGCGGAAUGAAUCCACAAAAGCAAAUAAACUGAAGCAGGCACUGAAGGAAGAGAAGAUCCUUAUUAUCUUAGAUGAUAUUUGGACGGAAGUUGAUUUGGAGCAAGUCGGAAUUCCUUCUAAAGAUGACAUUUGGACGCAAUGCAAAAUAGUGUUGGCUUCGAGAGAUGGAGACCUAUUAUGCAAAGGCAUGGGCGCACAAAGAUGUUUUCCAGUGAAACGUUUACCACCAGAUGAAGCUUGGAGUUUUUUUAAGAAGACAGCAGGUGAUUCCGUGGAGGAGAAUCUUGAACUGCAACCCAUAGCCAUUCAAGUAGUUGAAAAAUGUGAUGGUCUACCAAUUGCAAUUGUAACAAUUGCCGAGGCAUUAAAAGAUGAGACCGUGGCUGUAUGGGAGAAUGCCUUGGAACAACUUAGGAGUUGUGCACCAACAAACAUUAGAGCAGUGGAUAAGAAGGUUUACUCAUGUCUGGAGUGGAGCUACACCCAUUUGAAGGGUGAUGACGUUAAGUCAUUGUUCUUACUUUGUGGGAUGCUGGGCUAUGGUUAUAUUUCAUUGGAUCUCUUGUUACGAUAUGGUAUGGGUCUGGAUUUGUUUGAUCGCAUCGACUCAUUGGAGCGAGCAAGAAAUAGACUACUUGCAUUGGUGGAAAACCUCAAAGACUCAGGCUUGUUACUUGACAGUCAUGAAGAUACACACAAGUUUGAUGAAGAAAUAGAUUCAAAUUCACUUUUCAUGGAUGCUGAUAACAAGUUUGUGAGGAUGCACAAUGUUGUUUGUGAAGUUGCCAGAGCAAUUGCAUCCAAGGAUCCUCAUCCAUUUGUAGUCAGAGAAGAUGUUAGAGUGGAAGAAUGGUCAGAGACUAAUGAAUCCAAAAGGUGCGCUUUCAUCUCUUUGCAUUGCAAAGCUGUGCAUGACCUUCCUCAAGAGUUGGUAUGGCCGGAACUUCAAUUUUUCUAUUGCAGAACAACAAUCCUCCCUUGA